ACCUCUACCAGGCUGUGGUGGCCAGGACUGGCUUGAGAAGGCAGCACCCCAGGGACCAGGGACCCGGAACUGGCAGCUGCAUCCUCCCACUGCACACAAGCAUCUCGGAGCAUCUCAGGCUGGAGUUUCUGCUGCCUGCCCUGUGGGGACCUGCCUUCACCCCCGGCACCAUGAAGCUGCAGGUGUUCUGGACUGGACUGGAGUACACCUGCCGGCUCCUAGGCAUCACCACUGCUGCAGUGUUGAUCGGCGUGGGGACUGAGACCUUCCUCCAGGGACAAUUCAAAAGCCUGGCUUUCUAUCUGCUAUUUACAGGAGCUGCCAUCUCUUUGUGUGAAGGGGCCUACUUUGUGACUCAGCUGCUGACCUUCUGCUUCCAGUGUCAGCCAGGGUCCCUGGCCUACAGAGCACGGGAGAAGGCCCAAUGGCUGGGCUGCUUCCAGAAGUUCCUGGCCUACAUGCUGCUGUCCGUGGCCUGUUUCCUGCACCCCGUGCUGGUCUGGCACGUGACCAUCCCAGGCUCCAUGCUUAUCACCACGGGCCUGGCCUACUUCCUACUGAGCAAGCGGAAGAAGAACAAGGCCGCCCCUGACGCUCCGGCCCCCCCAGAGCAGUACACGGACCCCUCCGGCAGUGCCGUGAGCACCACUGGCUCUGGGGACACGGAGCAAACCUACACCUUCCACGGGGCACUCAAGGAGGGGCCCAGCUCCCUCUUUGUGCACAUGAAGAGCAUCCUGAAAGGGACCAAGAGGUCCAGUGCCCCCCAGCACCCAAACACCCUGACAGAGCUGACUCUGGAACCAGCUGACCUGCUGGCCAAGAAGAAGCAGGUGCACUUUGAAGACCACAUGUCAGAUGUGAGAAUCAUCCCCUCCCUCGCCGAAGGCCUGGAUGAUGAGGACAGCGAGCCAGAAGAGACCACCUCUGACACCACCCCCAUCAUCCCUGCCCCCCAGGCCCCACUCCUCCUGUCCUCUCUCACAGGCACAGGCCUCUUCUGAGCUGCUUGCUCCAGCCUGGGGUUCUGCAUAGAAAGAUGGGCCUGCCCAGAGUUUCCUGAUGUCCACGGGUCCUCCAGAGUCUUCACAGGUCAACUCUUCAAAGGGUCUGGGCCUUUGGGGCCCUCAGGCACCAUGACAGAACCUGCAGAGGCCUCGAGGGAACACAGAUGAAGCUGACACCAUCUCAGCCCAGAACAGGUUCCUCCCUUCUGGACGUGGAGUGGGAAAAGCCUUGUGCUGCCCCCAAAGAGCUCUUCACCCCACUUCACAUAAGACUGCCUCAGCCCCAGGAGAAAUCAUCUUGCUCCUGGCAUAGGGGCAAGCUCUCAACAAGCACUCACGGCCCACCCCAGCUCUGAAGGACCAGGAAUGUGUUGGCAAGUUAAGCAUCUCAAAGGCAAGCGUUGAAAACAGCCAUCAAACCUCAAAUGAGAUUGCUCGGGAUGGGAAGGGAAGCAAAACUACAAGGCCUGGGGUGGACGCAGCGCCUGAAGGUGGGCCGCAUUCUCCGCGUGCUCUGGGGCUGGCACUGGGCAGCAGGCCCCACAAGCCACUCCAAAACAAUGGCACUCUAUGCUCCCUGCAGGGCAAACCAGGCCAGAGGGGUGAAGUUCACUGUAAAAGCAUUGCUCAGCAAUCCCUGCAUCCCUACCACAGGGACUUCUUCAAGAUUCCAAGUAGAUGACAUAAACUAAAAGAUGCUGAAAGCCGCCAACAGGGCCGCAGCACAGGACACAGAGCCUGCUGUGUGCAGGGACCAUAGAGGCUGUGCCUGGAGACAUCCCGCACAGACAAGUCGCUAUGCCAUGCUCAAGGGCCUGGUAGCAAAAUAGUUGAUAAAUGUGUUUGUUCAAAGUGGAAGGGAGGGAAAGAUGAGGAGGGAAUGUGGAGGGGGGAGAAAGGGACAGGCAGACUAGCUCUCUAUUAAGAACUACACGUUGGCAGUCUACCCAGAAUGAACAAGAAACAUAUCCCGUAGUGUAAUGUCCAAGCUGUCAGACCCUGUUUAAUAAGCAUUUCUGUAAAAUCAAGUGCUAGAGCUUUGUUUGGAAUGUGUCUUGGAGGUGAGGAAUGUGUCUUGUUUGGAAUGUGUCUUGGAGGCACUGGGAGUUCCACGUGAAGAGAUGUACAUGUCAUCUAAGGCAUCUAGGUGUCCCGGACUUGUCAUCAGUUAAGAGAAAGCACUGAACAUGCACCAUUAGAGGCUGGGAUGGUUAUCAUCUGACUGAGUUAAGCAAAGUAAAACCCUCUAACACUCUCAUUGCUGGGGGAGGAAACCAGGAGAAGAGCAUUACAUAGACCAGAGCCUGUGGUCAGUGGAAUAGCGAAAAAGUGGCACCUCCUCAGAGGAAGAUGAACACCAUGCCUCUCCACGUGACUCUCAGCCGAGACAUUCUAGGAUCACAUCCUGACCCGUUGCCUCCCUGCAAAGAUACUGUGAUGGCCUCCAUCCUCGCUGAGAAGCAAGACUCCAAGGACUGACUCUGGUGUGGGCGACCUCCCUUUCUCAGCAAAAACUAGAGCAGAUGUUUGAUAAGUGGAACUCUAGAAGCAGGAAGAACACAAGCCUAGGGGGUCAUUCAAUGUGCCACUAACAUGCUGGUUGACCUUUGCCAGGCCUCUUCCCUCUCUGAUCUCAGGUUCCCCUGUCAGGUGGGAAAAACAGCACUUCUCUCAGGAUUGGUGCAAUUGCUUCUCCAAGAAGAUGGGGAAAGGGCUUUUUAGAUUACAAAUCACCCAAGUUGAUGUGAGCGCAUGCUCCUAUUACUGUAGGGCCUCACAGGGAGGAAGCACAAAUAAGGAAACACCACCAAGACUUACCACUGGGGCAAGAUCUAUGCAGGUGUAAGAUCUUGCUCCUUUCUGGAUUCCAGAUGCCAGUGCAUGAGCCUGGGGAGGGAGCAACGCCACCCGCAGCUUACAGAAAGCCACAGCAGGCCCCCCCAGUCACAGGAGCUGCUCUGGAGUUCACUGGGUACAUCCUCAACCCCUACCCCCACCCCGUCUCUCCUAAGGAAUUUUUGUUUUUAAUUUGUAUAUAUACUUAUUGACAUAUCACUCACAUACCAUUA